AUGGGAUAUACUUUAGAGCGGAUUUACGAGGUUUGGCAUUUUCCAGAAAGCAGUAAAGAUUUAUUCAGAUCUUACAUCGAUACCAUCUUAAAGAUCAAACAGGAAGCUUCUGGAUUCCCACCUGAUUGUCAGACGGAGGAACAAAAACUAGAUUACAUUCGUAAAGUAAUAGACAGAGAAGGGAUUAGAAUGAACCUGUUAAAUAUAGAAAAAAAUCCGGUGCGAAGAACGAUAGCCAAACUCUUUUUAAAUUGCUUGUGGGGAAAAUUCGCUCAACGCCUGUUGUUACCUAAAAUUCGAUACUUGACCGAAGAAGAGGAAGUACAGCAACUCUUACAAGAUUCGACCAUUGACAUCAAAGGGCUAGAACUCUUAGAAAAUAAAGAGCAGCCCGAGUCGGACAUGAUGCUGGUGAAUUAUCAAGAGAAACAGGAAUUUGUAGAAGAGUGUCCCUUCGGAAACGUGGUACUGGCCUGUUUCACUACCGCUCAUGCCCGAUUACACCUCUACGAGACUUUACAACCUUUAGGAAAUCGGGUCCUUUAUUUCGAUACGGACAGUAUCAUAUACCAACAUAAGGAGGGACAAUUUAAUCCUACCCUUGGCAACAGUUUAGGAGAAUGGACCGAUGAAUUAGACGGGGACCACAUUAUCAAAUUCAUGUCAGGAGGCCCCAAAAAUUAUGCUUACCUCACCGCCAAGGGAAAUUCCGUGUGUAAAGUCAAAGGAUUGACUCUUAAUUAUCGGGCUUCCAAUAUCGUGUCACCAGAGACAUUAGAAAAAAUGCUCAAGAAAUUGAUGAAAUCCAAGUCUCUUAUCCUUACAAAAUACAGAGGACUCGUCAACAUGAAGUCAAGACAGUACCUUUAG